CUUUAAAAAUGUCAUAAAUGUUACAAAUGCUUUUGAUCAAAAACUCAAAAUACCGAUUUUUUUAUUCAACCUUGUCACAGUCGAUUUGUUUUUGGACUGGUACUCAUUCUUAAAUGAGACGUUUUACUUGUAGAUAAAUUGGAUAUCGAAAUCAUUUAGAAUAUAGAUAGAGUUAUCCUUUUAUAGAGGAUAAGCUGUCAAUAAAAAUACAUCAUAUAUAUUUUAUUACAAGUAAAGCGUCAAAUUUAUCUAAAUAGUUACAAAGAUAAUAAUUGUAAAAAAAAAAAAAAAAAAUCAAAUUGCCCAAGAGAAGCUCACUGUAAUCUUAUGGCAGUCCCUAAAAAUUAGGCGAUAUGUCCUCCCUUCCAAGUUUAUGGUAAAAUCCACAUGCACAAAAAUUUUGUGCAUUUUCUUUUGAUACGUUGAAAUUUUCUUCUUUUAAGUAUUUUGACAUAGAAAAUUGACAAAAUUAUUCUUUGUACAUAAUUGUCAUUGAUUCAUAAAAACAUCGAGAUAUAAAAAAAGCUUAAACAAAGAGAAGCAACAAAGGAAGAAAAAGAUGCUGCAUAGGGCAGCAACAAGUGCAUAUUCGUGGUGGUGGGCUAGCCAUAUUCGAACCAAACAGUCAAAAUGGCUAGAGCAGAACCUACAAGAUAUGGAGGAGAAAGUACAGUUCAUGUUGAAGAUCAUAGAGCAAGAGGGAGACUCAUUUGCCAAAAGGGCCGAAAUGUACUACAAAAAGAGGCCAGAGCUCGUAAGUUCUGUAGAAGAGUCAUAUAGAGCAUAUAGAGCUUUAGCAGAGAGGUUUGAUCAUUUAUCAAAGGAUCUACAAUCUGCUAACAGAACCAUUGCCACUGCUUUCCCGGAACAAGUCCAAUUAUCUAUGGAGAGCGACGAUGAAGACAAUUUAGCAGGCUCUACUUCUACUUCUCCUUCCCCUGAUAGCUUAUCGAUGAGAAACUCAUCCCCUAAAAAUUUGCCAAAACCUCCAAAACUUCCCACUCCUAGGACGGCUAAUGCCAAAGCACAAGCUAUGUUGGCCUCAAGGAGAGAGCAGCUCAGAAAAAAUCUCACUACUUCAGGCACUGUAUUGACUGCCAAUUCAGGGCUAAGCAAGGAAGAAGCAUUCAAAGAAAUCGACACAUAUGAAAAAGAGAUUUUGAUCAUGCAAACAGAGAAGGAAUUUAUGAAGAGCUCGUACGAGAAUGCACUGGCAAAGUUCUUAGAGCUUGAGAGUAAGAUCACUGAUUCACAAACCAAAAUUGGCAAUUUGCAGGAUGAGUUUGGGUUUGGCGCGGUCAUUGAAGACUAUGAGGCACGUAAUCUGAUGGAAGGAUCUGCGCUAAGGUCAUGCGCCAAGGCCUUAGCCAAGUUGCAAGAGGAACAAGAAAAGUCAAUAUAUGAGGUGAAGGAUGAGUACAACAGAAUCAAAGAAGCCCAUGACAGGAUUGAAGCUCUAAAAAAACACUGUGGACAGAAUGAAGAGAGCUCCAAAGAAGGUUCGAUGAUGGGAUCAAGCUUCAAUGAAACAAUUGUUAGUAUUGAAAUAGAGGAUGGAAUAGAAAAUGUGGAUGCACUACGGGAGAAUAUAAGGGCGCAAUUGAAGCUGAAUUCUAGCACAGCUUUCACUGAGCCAGAGAUGGCUGAGAAGAUUGAUAAUCUAGUAGACAAAGUAGUCAGUUUGGAGGCUACAGUUUGUUCACAAAACGCCCUGGUGAAGAGAUUAAGACAAGAGAUAGAUAGACUUUUGGGGCAUAUUAAGAGCUUAGAAGAGCAAAAACAUCAACUGCAAGAAGAUUCUGUAAUGAGAAAUAGGUUGAGAGAAUUGGAAGAAGAGCUUGUCAAAGUUAAAAGCUAUAACAAAGUAGUUGCAGAUAAAAAUAGCAGCAUUGAUGCAGAAAUUACAGGAGCUAGUUUCAAACUUGAUCAUCUUCAGGAGAAAUUGAACGAUGUAAAGCCAUAUGAAGGGGUUGAGUACUCCAAUGAAGGAAAAUCUGAACAAGAAGCAGAAGAAGAACAAAAGGAGGAGAUCAGAGAAAACAAUUCUGAGAAGGAGAGCUAUAGUAGUGAUACUGAGCCACAAAAAGAGAUGAAUGAGGUAGAAGAAGAGGAAGAGAAGCAAGACAUAUCAAGGACCGCGGAAAGUACCGUUGAAACUGAAAUACAAAUAGGCGAAGAAGAUGGACUUAAUUGGAGGCAACUCUACAUGAACAAUAUUGAGGAAAGAGAGAGGAUUUUGGUAGAAGAAUACAGCAUAAUCCUCAGGGACUACAAAGACAUAAAGAUUAAGCUUAGUGAAAUGGAGAAAAAGCACAGAGACAAUAUUUUUGAAAUGGCAAGUCAUGUGAGGGAAUUAAGAAAUACAGUUGCAGCUAAGGAUGAGGAAAUUCAAAUGCUACGAAAUAAGCUUAGCGCUCUUCAAGGAAACGGAGAUGGAAAUACGGAUUUAUGGCUGGAAGAACAUAGUGGGAUGAAACAGGAAGAUCAGAGUGAAAACAAGGAGUUUCAUGAUUUGGGACCUUCCUCCCAUAGCACUGAACCAGAGAGGAAGCCACUUUUCUAUCAUUUGUAUGGAGAAGGUGUUGUUAUCAAUGAAACAGUUGAAGAUAACGAAAAUGAAUAUGAGAACAUAGCUUCACCUAGUAAAGAAUUAGUAAAAAGAGAGAACAUAAACCUUGUUACUAAGACAAGGUCAGUUUCAAGAACUGAAGGCAGGCUUCGUUCAGAGCUUGAUAAUUUACUAGAGGCAAACCUUGAUUUUUGGUUAAGGUUCAGCACCGCGUUUCACCAGAUUCAAAAGUUCCAGACCUCGAUCACAGACCUGCAAGCAGAGUUAGCAAAGUUAAAGCAAACUCAGGAAAACGGAGUAUGUGAUAGGGCCCAACAUCAAGCAAAAUCAGAUGCUAGACCUCUAUACAAACAUUUGAGAGAGAUACAGACCGAACUUACUUUAUGGUUAGAACAUAGUGGAGUAUUUCAGGAGGAACUACGAAGUAGAUUCUCCUCAUUGAACAGCAUUCAAAAUGAGAUCACAAAACUAUGGAAAACCAAUUCCAAAGAAGAGAACGGCUUAAGUGAUUAUCAAUCAGCCAAGUUCCAAGGAGAGAUUCUUAAUAUGAAGCAUGAAAACAGCAAGGUUGCUGAAGAACUACAAGCCGGUGUUAACCGUGUCAAAGCACUCAAGUUUGAGAUUGGAAAAGCACUGGUGAAGUUAGACAAAGAGUUUCGUCUCUCUGAUUCAAAGGGUUGUGUAACAAAUCCACCGAUCAAGCCAAGAAUCCCACUGCACACAUUUCUGUUCGGAAUGAAGCUUAAAAAGUAUAAGAAACCACCAACACAAUCAAUGUUUGCUUGUGUCACAAACCGAUCAUUAUCUUAA